AUGAAGAUUCUUUGCGUGCUCGUCCUAGCAAGUGCUUUGUGGGAAGCUAAAGGAUAUCCCUAUCCUUAUCCCUACUAUGGAACUAAUAUGGAUUCAAUCUCGUACGGCUCUGUAGACAGUAGCCGUGGAGGUAUGGCGUUGAGUCGUUAUUACAACCCUUAUUACAACCCACGUAGUAUUGGAGCAGGCUUGGCUGCGUUCAUGUUUAAGCCUGAAGAACAGUACCAACCGCAAACUAGCCAGUACUACUUACCUGACAGAAGGCGCCAAACUCAGCCUGAGUUGAACUACCAACCACAGCAGAAUGAAAUCUUCUACCCCCAAGGGCUUGAACAAUCCGAGCCCUUACCUGAUCAGCCAGCACUGUCUGAACAGCCUAUUCUUCCUGAAAAGCCCGUAGCAUUGCCAGAGCUGCCUGCGGUCACUGAACCAGCUGACAUCGCCGAACCUACAGAAAAAACUGAAUUAAUAACAUCUACAAUCAAAUCCGUCGCUGUUCCUGAAUUAACAGAAACAGAACCUGAAUCUGAGGAUGUGCCAAAACCUACUCCUAAAAGACGGGUUACAAAAAAAAAGCAAGUUAAGAGACCUGUUGAUGAAGAUGACGAGGAAGAUGAUGAUUUCUCACCCCCCAGGAUGCCAACUGGUGCCUUCUUCCCAAUGUUUUUCGGAUGGGGUGGCAGAUCCGCCGGAGCUCCUAGUGGUGGUGCGACUGCUAUCGCCAACGCUUUCAGCACAGGUCGCGGUGGUGUAGCCACUAGCCACGCGACGGCAUACGGACCCCCAAGACCCGAUUCAAAGCUG